GUGGCAGAGGGCUGCUGGUUCCCAGAGACCCUCAGAGCUCCAGGACUCCCAGUCUCUCUGCCGCCUGCAGCCCAGAAACAGCAGCCCCGACACGGACGCACGGCCCCGCCUGCUCCCCUCCUCCUCUGGAGCUCCUCUCAUCGCUUGGACCACCGAUGCACACAAGAACCACAGCUGAGGUUUAAAGGGGGAAACUCUGGAGUGCUGGGAGUUUAAUAAAGAGAAACCACCUUCAUCUGUCUGGACUACAAACCCUGACUACAUCAAAACCUCUUCCUGGGAUUGUGGACUUUUUGGAGGACUUCACAGAGGACCGGUGAUCGGCAACCUGCCGAUCGGGAGGCUUUGGGGACGCCAGCAUCGGAUCGGUUGCUCCCUCCUGAAUACUGGGACUUCUUUGUGAAGCUGAUCCUACUCGUGUGGUUUGAAUAUUAAGACUUCAGAAAGGGAAAUCUGAGUUCCAUCUGUCCCCUUUAGAUCGGGCAUCAUGUCUCCGUGUGUCUCCGUGUGUUUCUGUGUGGUUCUGCUGCUGCCGACGGACGCAGCGGGCGUCGGUCGGGCCGCCGGCACCGCCGAACCCUCCCCGCUCGCCAAAAACCUGGACCCCGUCUGGAUCCCGAAGCGUCUCGGCGCCGGGGACGCCCCGCUGCCGGAGAUGCUAGACCUGGACUUGGAGUCGCUGCCCCGCCGGCGCCUGGCCCGCGGCGGCGGCGCCGACGACGACGAGCAGCAGUCCACCUUCGGCCAGUCCUUCGAGAACGACUCGGUGACGACGCCGCGGGCCACCGAGUUCUCCAACGGCACCGAGGUGGGCGCGGCGGACCGCGGCGACGGCGAGGAUGUCGGCGGCAACGCGUCCCCGGGACUCUUCAACCCGUUCUACCCGCUGGAGGAGGGCUCGUACGCGGCCUACGCCGUGCUGUUCCUGGGGGGCCUGGUGCUGGCGGUGGGCGUGGUGGGCAACAUGGCGCUCAUGUGCAUCGUCUGGAACAACUACUACAUGCGCUCGGCCUGGAACUACCUGCUGGCCAGCGUGGCCUUCUGGGACUUCCUGGUCCUGGUGCUCUGCCUCCCCGUGGUCGUCCUCAACCAGCUCUCCCAUAGGAGGAUCCUCGGUGACAUCACCUGCCGCAUGGUGCCGUACAUGGAGGUGGGUGGAGCCACGGAAACCGCACCACAAUGA